ACUCGCUCUAUCUCCGAGCUGAUUAUGCUAAUGCAGGGGGAGGGCGACUCAACUGGGACGUUUAUUGCCGAUCCAGAUUGAUUUAUGUAUGGAAAACUGCAGUUCUUUCCAUUUCAGUCGAUGCUUUAUCGGCCAGAUGGACAAUUACAAUCACUUUGGGGUCCAGGAGAUGAGUUUCCAGUUUGGCUGAUCGAAUCUUUGAAUAAGUGGGAAAUCUCCAAGGGGAACUGGUAAAUGAUUUCCUAUCUUCAACCGGUGAUUUUCGUCUAUUUUUGUUAAACUACUUUCUCUUCACUGCGAGCUGUUUUCCGUCUUCUUCCUGGGCUGAGCAACUUGUUCCAAUCCCAUGCGCAACUAGAACACCACAUCUAAGGACAAACCGGCAACUUUCCAAAGUGAAAUCUUCCUCAAAACCCACACAUGUGGAAAAAUGAGCCUUGGACUUGCUCUUUGCCAAUGCAGCCGGAUCGAUGAUUAUGAUUGCGAUUAUGAUUGGGACAAUCCGUUUGGCACCAAUGGAUCUCGUCGGCCACCUCCAGAGGAAUCCUCCACAAUUAUUUAAAGGAUAGGGCUUGCGCCCUCUAAACUGAACUCGGCUUCGGGACAUCGGCGGCAGUUUAUCCGCGCUUUUCGUUCGCAACGGACUUCGUCUUCGUCCGUAAAAGCGCGCGCGUCCCGAAAGCGAAAGAACACGGAGUUUUGUGGACACCAUCGGCCCGCUGACGACGGAUUUGGAUGCUUGCAAAAUGUGUUUGGCCUGAUCGAGCAAAUUAAGAACGUGCGAGUGUCAGUGCGAAAGUGAUGUCCCCUAAUUGACUCCAUCAGCAGGAUCGGAAACUCAACACCAAUUAAAGGAAGGAAAACCAGAAUUUGUUGGCACAAGAUGCGGCUCCUCCUGUCGCUAUUGAUUUGCGCCUUGCUGCUCAAAGAUUCCUGGCAAGCCUCAAAGAUCAGAAUCGACCCCGCCAACCAACCAAGCUUCAUUUCGUCUAGUCAAGUGCUCAAAGUGAAGGACGAGGGCACUGUAGUGCUGCCAUGCCAAGUCGCCAAUCCAGGUCCCUACGUUUUGGUGUGGAAAAAAGGAAUCGCCGUCCUGUCGGCGGGCAAAACGCUCGUCUCUCCAGAUCCGAGAGUCACUCUUAACCCGGAUUUCAGUUUGGAGAUCAAAGAAGUCGGUCCGGAGGAUGCCGGCGAUUACGUUUGCCAGAUAGGCACUCUGGAGCCGAAGGAAAUUACCCACACGGUCGAAAUUUUAGUGCCGCCCCGAAUACAUUACGUCUCGUCAAAUGGACGUGUCGAAGUGAAAAAGGGAUCGGCCGUCCGUCUGGAAUGCAAAGCGCUGGGAAAUCCGCAGCCCAAAGUGACCUGGUCCAGGAAAAACAACAUCCUGCCCGGAGGCGAGCAGACAGUCACCACUCCGGUGCUCGCUCUGGAUAAAGUGGAUCAGCAUCAAGCCGGCGUCUAUCAGUGUGUAGCCAGUAACGGAGUGGGCGAGGAUGACAGGAAGCAAAUCCAGCUACAUGUUUUGUAUCCGCCGGAAAUCACCGUGGAAAGGCCUUUGGUGUAUUCGGGCGAGGGGAUGGAAGCUCAACUAGUUUGCAUCGUGCAUGGCGAAAAUCAACCCGAGGUUUUGUGGUACAGAAACACUAUGCAGCUGGACACUACCGAACAAAGGAUAAUGGAAUCGAGAGGAUCCCGACACACGCUCGUAAUUCGGAAAGUGACCUCAGACGACUUGGGAAACUACACUUGCGUCGCCGACAAUCAGCUCGGCAAAACGAGGAAGAGGAUCGAAUUAACCGCCAAGCCCCAUCCGGUCAAGUUCGUCAGUCCGCUGGUCAGCCAGUGGAAGGAGAACUACAACAUCAGCUGGCAGGUUGAGUCGCUGAGCCCCAUUCAAGAGUACAAGCUGCUUUACAGGAAACUGCCCGAAAGCGACAGCCAGCCCCAACCUGUACACCAUCAGAGCCUGAAGAACGUGCCACAAAGGGGGGAAAACCGCACCAUUUUGGGCAGCUUCAUCUACAGCCGACCCAUGAAGGACAGACGUUGGGAUUGGCGGGACGUGAUCCUACCAGCGAUUCCUGCCCAACCAGUAGGAAUGCAGUUUAUGAGUUACGUAAUUCGAGGUUUGGAACCGGCCCAGCGGUACGAGGCGCGAGUUCAGGCCCGGAAUAAGUUCGGCUGGAGCCCGGAAAUACCGGUUUUCACCUUUAAGACCACCGAUACAGAUGAAAGCACCACUGAUAACCGGCAAUUAUCUGCUGAAAAUGCCAUUUCAGAAGACGUGCAGGGCGUCACAUAUAGGAGUGCUGGCCCAUACAUCGGACAUUCCUACGUGGAGUGCGUAUUUUUGACCGUUUUUUCAAUGUUUGUUCAUUAUUAUCGAUUUUAAAUCUCCUUGUGAACCUUGAUCGGUUUGAGCAGAAAACCCACUUUCCUUUUGAGCGCCCCCCUGAAAUUAGGUUUUAACUUGUGUAAAUAUUCACUGUAAAUAAGGCAAGUCAUUGUAAUUAUAAUAAUUGCAAAAUACCAUCUAAAAGUAUAUUAAAUAUUUUUUGUAUAUAGACUAUACAUUACUCUAACGAUAUUACCAAUAUUUACAAUGUCUGUGGUGUUAAGAUAGGUGAAACUAACGGCUUUAUAAAAAUGGACGCGAGAUGGCUUGACUAUGAUGAAGUGACCAAAAAUGUCGUUUUUAUAAAGUGACAAUGGGGUUUAUUAUAAAGCAUUUCUGUCCGCCCCAGCAGAAUGCCUGGUAAAACAAAAUUUCCAAAUCGUAAACAGAUCUUAUUACAAAUAUAUGUCUAUAGAGCUUUAUAAGGAUUUAUAUUUUUCAGUUCAGUUAUUGUGAACGACGCUUUCAUUGUUUGUGUAGAUAAGAUUUUCCACAAAAAUUCCCAUAUUUUCCUUAGAAACAUUCGAGCUUAAGUACCAAUUAAGUUCCACGUUUUGUAACCUUCAUACCACUUUUGAAUGUAUAGGAUAUUAUACAAAUAAAGUACAGGUAUGGUCUGCUCAAA